GAGGGGGGAGGACAUAAGCAUCGCCUUGCGGAUGGUUGCAACGAGGAAGAGAGCGGGGUCGGGGGUGGAACGCAGAAUACCGCGCCGAAGCCACCAGCCACUUUCCGCUUCUUUGUUUAACUUGUUGAUGCGGCGUUAUCGCGCGGGUUUGCGCCUGCAGCAGCGGCGGAUGGGAGGCGACAUGGCAAGUGGUCUCCAGCGAGGAUUUGAUUAAAGUCCCCGGUGAGGCAGCCUUAUCAAAGGUGGGUGGGUUUUUUUUCCCCCCCUUCGGCUCGGAGAGCGGAUAUCAGUUUGCCGCAAAGUGAUUGGCGGUGCGCGGGGAUUGGAAUGCGUCUAAAUUGUCACCGGGUUCCCUUGAGCCGGCAAGCCUGUCCUCAUCCCCCGUAGACCGACUAAACCCCCCCGCCGGGGGCUGUUGCACUGAGAUAACCGGAGCGCGACUUCUUCCAGGUCAGCAUGGCAGCAGGUGUGGCGGCGUGGCUCCCCUUCGCCCGCGCGGCGGCCAUCGGCUGGAUGCCCGUGGCCAGCACCCCCAUGCCCGUCCCGCCGCAGGACAAGCGCAAAGCCCAGGACGGCCUCAUCAUCCUCAACGUGAGCGGCACCCGCUUCCAGACGUGGCGGACCACGCUGGAGCGCUACCCGGACACUCUGCUGGGGAGCACCGAGAAGGACUUCUUCUUCCACGAGGAGAGCAACGAGUACUUCUUCGACCGCGACCCGGACAUCUUUCGGAACAUCCUGAAUUUCUACCGCACCGGGAAACUACACUACCCGCGCCAGGAGUGCAUCUCGGCCUACGACGAGGAGCUGGCCUUUUUCGGGAUCAUCCCAGAGAUCAUCGGGGACUGCUGCUACGAGGAGUACAAGGACCGGCGGCGCGAGAACGCCGAGCGGCUCCAGGACGACGAGGAGAUGGACAUGACCAACGAAGCGACGCCGGUCAACCUGACGGCGCGGGAGUACCUGUGGCGCGCCUUCGAGAACCCGCACACCAGCACCCUGGCGCUGGUCUUCUACUACGUCACCGGCUUCUUCAUCGCCAUCUCCGUCAUGGCCAACGUGGUGGAGACGGUGCCGUGCGGGAUGCUGCCCAACAGAUCCAAGGAGGUCUCCUGCGGGGACCGCUACGCGCUGGCCUUCUUCUGCCUGGACACGGCGUGCGUCAUGAUCUUCACGGUCGAGUACCUCCUCCGCCUCAUCGCGGCGCCCAGCAGGUACAGGUUCAUGAAGAGCGUCAUGUCGGUCAUCGACGUGGUGGCCAUCAUGCCUUACUACAUCGGCCUGGUCAUGACCGACAACGACCAGGUCAGCGGCGCCUUCGUCACGCUGCGCGUCUUCCGGGUCUUCCGGAUUUUCAAGUUCUCCCGGCACUCGGCGGGCCUGCGCAUCCUGGGCUACACGCUCAAGAGCUGCGCGUCUGAGCUGGGAUUCCUGCUCUUCUCGCUCACCAUGGCCAUCAUCAUCUUCGCCACCGUCAUGUUCUACGCGGAGAAGGGCUCCGCGGCCAGCAAGUUCACCAGCAUCCCGGCAGCCUUUUGGUACACCAUCGUCACCAUGACAACGCUGGGGUACGGCGACAUGGUGCCGAAGACCAUCGUGGGGAAAGUGUUCGGCUCCAUAUGUUCCCUGAGCGGGGUGCUGGUCAUCGCCUUGCCGGUUCCCGUCAUCGUGUCGAACUUCAGCCGCAUAUACCACCAAAGCCAGAGGGCGGAGAAGCGCCGAGCCCAGAGGGCCUCCAAGGUGGCAGGACAAGCCCUGGUGGGGAAGUCCUCCAGCCCUCCGUUUGAGAGCCAGCAUCAUCAUCUGCUGCACUGCCUGGAGAAGACCACGAAUCAUGAGUUUGUGGACGAGCAGACCUUCCAGGCCAACUGCAUGGAGAUCUCGGUGAUCAAAAAGUCCAGCUCCCGCAGUUCCUCGCUGUCCUCCUCGCCGCACGGCUUCAGCUCGUGUUGCUCCCGGCGCCAGAGGAAGAAGAACAGCUUCAGCCUGCCCAGCACCAACAACCAGGAGCUGAGCACCAUCCAGAUCCGAGAGAGGCCCGUGGCCAACAGUCGCUCCAACCUGAACGCCAAACUGGACGAGACGCUGAAACGCGACCCGGCGUACAUCAGCCCCUCCAUGGUCAGCCUGGCCGCCCCGGUGGUGACCAUGUCGGACGGCGACGGCUCGUCCAGCACCGCCUCGGCGUACUCUCAAAGCAACAUUGUGCGGGUGUCCGCCUUGUAGACGCCCGGCGAGAAGGGACGGGAAUGGCGAGGGGCCUCACCGAGCAUGAACCCGCUGAAACGUGGAGGGAUUUAUUAUUUUUUUUCUUCCUUUUAAUCCCAAGCGGCGAGCUCAUCUGAUGUCAAACUCUGCAUGUUUUUUUUGUUGGUUUUUUUCAAAAGGGGGCGGUGGAGGCCUCCUCCGAGGGGGGGUCGUGGAGGAUAGCGACCAGCACAUUUUAUUCCAUGAGGAAAGCACAGCGAGCCGGAAAUUGUUGGGAGGGAAUCAUCGUUGCCUAAACAUACUGAGAAACACUUUAUUUUUCAAGAUAGUCGUCGCAGUCGGAAAGGAGCGCUUCCCGUUUAUUUUUCUGUCCUGGACGAUGACCAAGCACACGCCUUCAUUCCCUGCGGACGUCCAUUGUUGUUGUGAAUAUUCCGCUCUGUCCGAUUAUUUUUAAUUUAAUUUUUUAUUUGCCCCUCCCCCGCCCCGCCGCACUCUUGUAAAUUGGACAACUCCACGUGCAAUCCCGGAAACGUCGGCUCGUUUGACGAAACACGUGACGCAUCGUGACAUUCUGUUUGUGAAAUGUGCAAGUAAAAGUGAAAGUCCGGGGGGAAAAAACAAGAAAAAAAAAAAAAAAGGUUACAUGUUUAACAUGUAUGGAAGACAUUCCGGUGGAACCUCCAAAGUCAAACGCCGUUGGCCGCUGGGAAUUUUCAAAACGGGGUCCCACGGUACAUUUUUGGGGUCCCACAUUUUUGCAAAACAAAUGAUAAAUGCACUAUAUUGCCAAAAGUAUUUUUUCCACCUGCCUUGACUAACCCAUCCAUCCAUCUUCUACCCCUUAUCCGAGGUCGGGUCGCGGGGGCAGCAGCCUAAGCAGGGAAGUCCGGACUUACCUCUCCCUGGCCGCUUCGUCCAGUUCUUCCCGGGGGAUCACGAGGCGUUCCCAAGCCAUAGUCUUCCCGACGUGUCCUGGGUCUUCCCCGUGGCCUCCUACCUAACCAGUUUCUACCGCUUGUCCCUUUUGGGUUCGCCGGGGGGUGCUGAAUCCAUACGGUUCAAUAUGACGUCGGCCCACCUUUUUGCAGCUAUUUCAGCUUCAAGUCUUCCGGGAAGGCUGUCCACGAGGUCGCGGAGUAUGUUUAUAAGGGAUUUUCCACCAUUCUUCCAAAAGCGCAUUGGUGAGGUCACGCGCUGAUGUUGGUUCGAGAAGGUGUUCUGUCGGGUUCAGGUCAGGACUCUGUGCAGGCCAGUCAAGUUCAUCCACACCUGACUCUGUCGUCCAUGUCGUUAUGAACCUUGCUUUGUGCAGUCAUGUUGGAAAAGGAAGGGGCCCGCUCCAAACUGUUCCCACAAGGUUGGGAGCAUGGAAUUGUCCAAAAGAUGUUUUUGGUAUCCCGGAGCAUUCAAAGUUCCUUUCACCGGAACUAACUUCUGAAAAACAACCCCACACCAUAAUUCCUCCUCCACCAAAUAAUUUCACACUCGGCCCAAUGCAGUCCGAAAUGUACCCUUCUCCUGGCAACCUCCGAACCAAGACUCGUCUUCCUUUCUUCUGAAUAUUUAGGAGCAAGGAAAUUUCACGACUAGAUUCGUCGCACAGGUGGCACCCUGUAAAUGUUUGUAGAAACAGUCUCCAUGCCAAAGUGCUUGAUUUGAUACAGCUGUGGCCGGGCCAAGUGAUUAAGACACCUGAUUCUCAUCAUUUUGACGGGUGGCCAAAUACUUUGGGCAAUAUAGUUUAUCUCACAUUCUGUAUUGUGUUUUGGAAAAAGGUUUUCAUGAACAUUCCUUAAUUCAUUCAAAAAUAUAUAUUUUUUAUGUAUAUGUAAAUGUAUUCAGUUAUAAAUUCACUUUCUUCUCUCCUUCAUGGAGCUAAACUUUACCACUGCCUUUAGUUUUUUUUUUCUUUAUUUUAAUCUAAUGAGUUGUAGAUGUAUUUAUUUCACUAUAAAAGUGUAAAAAAGUAUUUUGCUUCGGUCAUGGAAUGACGAUAAUGGUGUGCCAGGGCAUGAUAAUCGGCAGAAGAGCACAGUCGGCUCGUCCCCUUGAAAAGCUUGGACACAGCACUCUGCGAACCUCCUUUACAUUCUAUGGAGGGAAUCAAUGAUGGUCUUCCAGACAGUUGUCAAGUCUUCCCCAUUUUCAUCCUAACUGAGACAAUUGAAGCAAUUUAACGACAACCUGAUUUUAGUAGACGAGUAUAGUGAAACAUUCACUUUCAAACAUUCAUGCCCUGUCAAAUGUGGCCCGAUUUCUUCACGGUUUUCGCAUGUUUUCGGAGGGUUUUAUGAGCUUGAGGCCCGAAUUAUGUACCGUAUUUUACGGACCAUAGGGCGCACCGGAUUACAAGGCGCACUUCUGACGAAUGGUCUAUUUUCGGUCUUUUUUCAUAUUAUAGGGCGCAUUAAAGGAGUCAUAAUAUUUAAAAAAAUAAUUCCAAAUGUAAAAGACUUUCUUGUGGUCUACAUAACAUGUAAUGGUGGUUCUUUGGUCAAAAUGUUGCAUAGAUGAUGUUUACAGAUCAUCUUCAAGCCGCUUUCUGACGUUUUGUGGACGGGUCUUAUAAACGUGGCUCACCUUCGGCAGCACCUUCUCCCCGUCAUCUUUGUUGUAGCGGUGUAGCGUGCAAGGACGGGAGUGGAAGAAGUGUCCAAAAGAUGGCGCUAACUGUUUUAAUGACAUUUAGACUUUACUUCAAUCAAUAAUGGAGCAGCGUCUACCGUGAAUUGAUUAACGUAGACCCCGACUUAAACAAGUAAAAAAACGUAUUCGGGUGUUACCAUUUAGUGGUCAAUUAUACGGAAUAUGUAAUGGAAUGUGCAAUCUACUAAUAAAAGUCUCAAUCAAUCAAUCAACCUCAUCCGGAAUCAAAAACACCCUGUGAAAAACCAUCAGACCGGAACCCUCUAAUAACUAAAGUUCCCUGGGUGAAUAAUGUAAAGUCACUACACCGGUAUGUUUUAGCGCUUUCAUGGCGAGUUUACUGACUGAUAUAAGUAAGAACUUUACACUACUUUAUAUUAGAAAUGGCCACAGUGGAGGAUGAAUGUCCCAUAACAAGAAGAUAGAGAAAACGAGGCUUAUCGACUACUGAGUCGGUACGGACUACAAAGGCGGACACGCGCAAUUUUUCAGGAUUAAUGCAGAUCCCAAAUACAGAUCAGCAGGUACAAGAAGGUAAGACAAGUUGCUUUUGCAUAACAUUGCAAAACAAAACACCAGAUAAUGUCUUACUUUAUACACACACCAUAAUGAUACUCUAUGUUGAAGCACAUCAAGCGGUGUGGCUCCAUACCUUACCAAAGUCGUACUAAAACAUUUUGACAGAUUUUUGAGCACCGUAUUUAAUGUUGUAUAUUUUCAGAGGAACAUAUAAAAUGUUGGUGUUGUUUACUUGAGAUAUAUCGCCCGGAAUGUGUCCCGCGGAAAACCAUAACAAAAGUUCCUUGGGUGAAUAAUGUAAACUCACUACACCGGUAUGUUUUAGUGCUGUCAUGGCAAGUUUACUGACAGAAAUAAGUAAGAACUUUACACUACUUUAUAUUACAAAUGGCAACAGCGGAGGAUGAAUGUCCCAUAACAAGAAGAUAGAGAAAAAGAAGAAGCUACACGGACUACAAAGGCGGAAGCGUGCAAUUUUUCAGUACUUAUGCAGAUCCCAACUACGGAUCAGCAGGUACCAGGAGGUAAGAAAAGUUGCUUUUGCAUAAUAUUGCGAAACAAAACGCCAGAUAAUGUCUUACUUUAGACAGACCAUAAUGAUACUCUAUGUUGAAGCACAUCAGGUGGUGUGGCUCCAUAGGGUACCAAAGUCGUACUAAAACAUUUUGAUAGAUUUUUGACCACCGUGUGUAAUGUUCGAUAUUUUCAAUGGAACAUAUAAACUGUUGGUGGUGUUUUUUUUUUUUUGUUUGUUUUUUUUUUUUUUUUUUUUUUUUUUUUUUUAUUAAAUCAACACAAACACACAAAAUACACUUUCCAUCAGUGCAUCAACCCCCCAAAGAAAACCCCUCCCUCCCCCAUUCACACCCAGCCACACCCACUCACACAAAAAAGGGUUGUUUCUUUCUGCUACCAAAAUGCUGGUUCCCACAACAUAUAUAACACAGUCUGCAAGGGACAUAGUCCCUGAAACACACAUGAUUGUGUGUGUCGCCGGUCCACUAACACUAUCAUUAAUUACUAUUUUUUAUGUAAUUGUUUUAUAUGAUUUUACUUUCUUUUUUAUCCCCAAAAAAAAUGUCAUUGUUUUCCUUUUUUUUUAAUCUCAUUUUAUUUUAUUAAAAAAAAAUUAAAAAAAAUAACCUUAUCUUCAUCAGACCAGGUUGUUAAUGGAAUUAGACUUGUCUAAAAGGUUUUUAAAACCAGGUCCAGUCCAGACAAUGUCAAAGUGGGCCUCAGCAACACACACCCUCAUCCAUGUGCAACAACAAAAAUUAGGGAAACAACAGAUUGCAUAUAAGUUAUAAACAAAAUUACAUUUUCAUAAAAAGCAUUUGUGUAUAGUCCAUAUUAUGUCCAAGUCAGAUUCAACACACACCUUCAUUUUGUACACUCAAAAAAAGGGAACACAACAACAGAUAGCAUAUAUGUUGCUGUUGUUGCAUAUCUAUAAACAUUAUUACAUUUUCAUAAUAAGCCUUUAAGGAUUUCCCAUCUUUUUUCAUGUUUUUUGGCAUCAUUAUCGUUGUCAAUCAUGUAUCUUUCUAAAGUUAAAAAAUACUGAAUAAAUGUUUUAAAGAAAGUAAUACUAAGUGAAUAUCUAUUUUUGGCCUUAAAAAUAAACCUUUUACCAAGUACUAUAAUUAAAUUAACUAAGUCAUGCUUGUCAAUAAACUCUCCUAAAAUAACAGAAACUAUAUCAAGCUUCAUAAACAAACCAAUCCUUGAACACGUUUUUUCAACUUCCACCCAAAAGGAAGACACAAUAUGACAAUACCAAAACAAAUGCAGGGUGGAUUCAGAUUCCUGACAGCAAAAGCGGCAAUCAUCUGACUCAGUCAUAUUCCAUAGUUUUAACAUUUUCCCCGUUGGUAAGAAGUUAUAAAUAAUUUUAAUUUGAAAAUAACGGUUUUGCACAUCGAUAGUAGUUUUGUAGAUUAGUUUGAAUAUGGCAUCCCACGGCAACGGGCAGUCAAAAAAGUCUUCCCAUUUUCCAUAUGUGUUAUAUGGGACAGCCUUCAAAGAUUUCUUUAUUAAAUAAAAAUUAUAUUUUUUUUUAUUAAUUUUAGUUCCUUUUUGCCAACUAGAAUUUCUUAUUAGAGGUUUACAAACUAGUAAUUUAGUAGUUCCAUAAUUAAUUAUUUGUUUCCAUCUUUUCCUAAUUACUCCAGUUAGUUGAUUAAAAGAAAAGCUUGAACCAGCAUCACCAUACAUAGUUCUAAAUUCAUCAUACUUCAUAAUUUUACCAUUCUCAUUGAUCAUAUCAUUGACAAAAAUUAUUCCUCUUUCAAACAUAUUUUUCCAAAAGAAAGGCUUUCCAUCUAUUAAAAUAUUAGAGUUCAUCCAUAUUAUCUGCUGCAAAAUAUCAUCUCUUUUUUUUGGCACAUGAAAUUGAAAACACCACCAUGAGUGGAUUGUUUCCUUUAUGAACCCCUCCAUGUUUCCCAGCAGAUUCUCCACAUAAGAAUAAUGGGAGGGGAUCACUUGUAAAAAAGGAUACAAUUUUCUUUGAUACAUUACAUGUUUUCUGUCCAACAGGACACUUGUGUACCACUCAGUAUUUAAGUACAUCUUUGGAACAAUUGAUGCUUUUAAAGAGAGACACAUAGCUUCGAGGUUGAGAAGUUUUAGGCCCCCAUAUUCAUACUCAUUGUACAAAACCUUUCUUUUAAUCUUUUCUGGUUUGCCGUCCCAGACAAAAUCAAAGACCCUCCGUUCAUAAACCUUAAAGAAGUUUUGUGAUGGAGCUGGUAAUGACAAAAACAAAAAAAUAAACUGAGGAAUAAUUAACUGUUGGUGGUGUUUACUUGAGAUAUAUCGCCAGGAAUGUGUCCCACGGAAAACCAUAACUAAAGUUCCUUGGGUGAAUAAUGUAAACUCACUACACCGGUAUGUUUUAGUGCUGUCAUGGCAAGUUUACUGACGGAUAUAAGUAAGAACUUUACACUACUUUAUAUUAGAAAUGGCAACAGCGGAGGAUGAAUGUCCCAUAACAAGAAGAUAGAGAAAAAAAAGAAGCUACACGGACUACAAAGGCGGAAGCGCGCAAUUUUUCAGUAUUUAUGCAGAUCCCAACUCCGGAUCAGCAGGUACCAGGAGGUAAGAAAAGUUGCUUUUGCAAAACGCUAGAUAAUGUCUUACUUUAAACACACCAUAAUGAUACUCUAUGUUGAAGCACCUCAAGUGGUGCGGCUCCAUAGCUUACCAAAGUCGUACUAAAACAUUUUGACAGAUUUUUGAGCACCGUAUUUAAUGUUCUAUAUUUUCAGUGGAACAUAUAAAAUGUUGGUGUUGUUUACUUGAGAUAUAUCGCCGGAAAUGUGUCCCGUGAAAAAACAUCCGGCCGGAAACCCUCUAAUAACUAAAGUUCCUUGGGUGAAUAAUGUAAACUCACUACACCGGUAUGUUUUAGCGCUUUUAUGGCUAGUUUACUGACAGAUAUAAGUAAGAACUUUAAACUACUUUAUAUUAAAAAUGGCAACAGCGGAGGAUGAAUGUCCCAUAACAACGAAGCUUAUCGACUACGUCGUCAGCACGGACUACAAAGGGGAACAGGCGCAAUUUUUCAGGACUCAUGCAGAUCCCAAAUACAGAUCAGCAGGUACCAGAAGGUAAGAAAAGUUGCUUUUGCAUGAUAUUGCGAAAUAAAACAGCUUACCUUAUACACACACCAUAAUCAUACUCUUAUGUUUAAUGCGCCGACAAGCGGUGCGGCUUCAUGCCUUACCAAAGUCAUACUAAAACAUGUUUGGUAGAUUGUAAUGUUCAAUGUUUUCAAUGGAACAUAUAAAACGUUGUUUACCUGAGUCAUAUUGCCAGCAUAUUGAAGUUCACAUGUAUCUCUUAUGUGUGACUGCCAUCUACUGGUCACACUUAUCAUGACACCAUGUACUAAAUGAAAUUGCUCCAAGGUCGGUAAGCACAACCAGAAUUAUUCCGUACAUUAGGCGCACUGUAGAGUUUUGAGAAGAAAAAAUAUAUAUAUAGUCCGGAAAAUAACGUACAAAUUAACAACUACAUACUUGAUAUUGUUUAGGUUGUGGGCCCUGAAUCUAGAAUCUAUGGACGUUUAACUUUUUGGAAUGGAAUUAUGGAAAUAAAUACACUUUUCCAUGAUAUUGUCAUUUUUUGGGGGGAAAAAGGUCUGGGAAAAAUAAAGAUUUGCCAAACUACGAACACAAGCCAAAUAUUCCGGGCUAAUCCUCCAUGGUUAAGGUGGUGUUUUCUGUAAAAAUGGGUUUUUCCUACACAUCAAAUUGUGCUUGAAGGCCACGCGGUGGUCGGACUUUGGAGGUUCCACUGCGGGUUCAAAGGUGAAAUAUUAGGUGAUUGUUCUAAAGCGACCUUUUGACUACUGCUAUCUCGACCCCGGACACACUUCUCGAAGGCUAGAUUCUCACCGUGUAGACGGCCACCUUUUGUACAUUCUUUUCAUACUGUAAAUAACCCCCCCCCCCCAAAAAAAAAGCUGACUGAGCGCAUUCUGGAGUGGGUUCCUCUCAUUUCUAGAUUUAGUUUGACAGUUUGUCGUCGGCCAUUCUAUUUCUGUCUGUUGACUGGUUGAAGUAAGGAUUUGCAUGCUGUCACGGCGGGAAAAAAAACCGAAAAGAUAUUAUGUUCUAUUAAAGUUUGUCUCUGCUUCCUGUCGGCGACUUGUCUGUGAGAGGAGGUGUGUGUGUGUGUGUGUGUGUGUGUGUGUGUUCUUGCAUUGUUACCCUUCUUGAGACAUCAACAAAGAAAAGUACCGACCAUCUGAGGGACCGGUGGACAAGUUAGGACCGAAAUCAUGGUCCCAAUACCGAAAACCAUUGCAUCUAAUGGAAAGCCAAAUACUAGAAUCCGUGAACAUUGCUCCAAAGUCGGGAUUUUUUUGUUGUUGUUGAUUUAAUGUGCAUGCAAAAGUAAACAUUGACAGGUGCAAAGGCAGCAAUAUAUGAUAAAACAAGGUAAAGAAGGACUUGUAAAAACCCGCCCGCUGAUUUUACCGGCGCCGACGUAAGUGAAGUGAAGUGAAUUAUAUUUAUAUAGCGCUUUUUCUCUAGUGACUCAAAGUGCUUUACAUAGUGAAACCCAAUAUCUAAUUUUUACAUUUAAACCAGUGUGGGUGGCACUGGGAGCAGGUGGGUAAAGUGUCUUGCCCAAGGACACAACGGCAGGGACUAGGAUGGCGUAAGCGGGGAUCGAACCUGCAACCCUCAAGUUGCUGGCACGGCCGCUCUACCAACCGAGCUAUGCCGCUUAAGACAACUCGCGUCCCAUACGUGACCAUAGGAUUGAACAAACUACGGCACUACGGCCAUUAACAGUUAGCUUCUACAGCUGUGUUGCCCAAAAUGUGGCGCAGAGGCUAUCUGUGGUCCGUGACGCUUUUGUCAUCGGCCUUAAGCACGUUACACAAAAAAAGAAAAAAGAAAA